ACGAUAUGGUGCCCUGUCUUGUGCCCCAUGGUUCCAUUCAGCCUCUCUUUAUCACCAACUAGAAUUUGCCAACAGCAAGUUCUGACGAGGGCACCAUCAAACCGUCGAUAGACGGACGAAAAAAACAAGAUGCGUUCGCAAGACUUGUCCUCCUGGCUCUGCGCCGCCGUGGCUGCUGUUUCCGUCGGUGUCGCACAGGCCGCCCCUGGCAAGUGCAAGCCCGCCCCCAGCAUCCGUCGCGAGUGGCGCUCCCUGAGCCAGCCCGAGAGGAAGGCCUACCUGGACGCCGUUGUGUGCCUGCAGAACGCUCCUCCCAAGCUACAGCACCUCUUCCCCGGCUCCAAGUCUCGGUUCGAUGACUUCCACGCCACUCACAUCUCUGCUCUGGAUAUUCACUGGAACGGCCCGUUCCUGCCAUGGCACCGUUGGUUCAUCACCCUCUACGAGCACGAGCUGCGCCAGACAUGUGGCUACAAGGGCUCCCAGCCGUACUGGAACUGGUCGCUUGACAGCAACAGCGAGGCCGACGUCCUGAAGUCGCCCAUCUGGGACGCCGAGUUCGGCUUCGGCGGCAACGGCGACUUCGUCCCCGACGACGUGGCGGCCACGUUCCCCAACGUGCCCUUCAUCGUGCCGGGCCGCACCGGCGGCGGCUGCGUCAAGGACGGCCCCUUCGCCCAGCGCAACGUCUCGAUGGGCCUGGGCGCCAGCACCGCCUUCACGCCGCACUGCCUGCGCCGCGACAUCAGCCCCUGGCUCGUGUCGCACUCGUCCAACCAGGGCGUCGUCGACCGCGUGCUGGACCAGCCCGACUACAUGAAGUUCAACAUCGGCCUCCAGGGCGGCCUGAUGCCCGACGACAUCACGCUGCACGGCGGCGGCCACAUCGGCGUCGGCGGCAACACGGGCGACAUCGCAAACGUCAACUCGAGCCCCGGCGACCCGAUCUUCUACCUCCACCACACCAACCUCGACAGGAUCUGGGCCGAGUGGCAGGCCCGGGACUGGCCCGCGCGCAAGUCGGACUUUAGCGGCCCGCGCAAGGAGUGGGCCAAGCCCUUCAACCUGGUCCCCGGCAUGCCCGAGGUCAUCUCGGAGCCGGCCACGCUCGAGGACCUGCUCACGUACAGCGAGCUCUCGGGCGCCGUCAAGAUCAAUGACGUCAUGGACAUCCACUGCAAGGGCGUCCUCUGCGUCGAGUACGCCUAAGCACGGCGCACGCGUCUUGGGGGGGUUGGCCGUUUCUUCUCGGGAGUUGCUGGACAAUACCAUAAUACACAUACGGUCGUUAUAAUUGUACAUACAUACAACAUACACUCGCUUUUGCUUUCGGAGCUCAUCAUAGCGAUUGUUCCCAUAACCGGUUUACCAAGCAAAUAACUACUUUGAAAAAAAUUGUUAUUUCGACGUUGUAUUCCCCUUCACCUCAGUGGUCUCUACCGUG